AUGACAUUCAUGUACCUUCUCAUUAUGUGGUUAAUCCAAGUAUGUCUAGGCUUUAGAUCCUUUUAAGCCCAAUUUAAAUCAGCCAUAUUUGAUAAGAAAUGCUUUGGUUCUUCAUAAUACUUUCCAGGUAUCUACCCUCAUCUCUGUGCAAGUAUUGCAAAAUAAUGCAUCGGAGCAACUGGAUUAACUAUAAGGUUUCCUCCUAAUGGCCUUGAAACUAUGUGUCAUCCCUAGGUCUAAGGUUAUGAAUUUGGGCCAAACCCUAAUUCUCAUCUCUAUUUUGGAAAAUACCCCUAUACUUUGGUUUAUUCAUAUGACCAAAAUGGAAACGUUAUUUUUACAACUGAAUCUAUACCAUAAUUUUCUAAUAAUGGGUGCUUAAUAGGAUAAAAAUAUAAUGGAGUCUAUAAAUGUUAAUAUUGCAGUAAGGCAGGAUAUGGGGAAAAUUGUUCAUAAUCUUUUGCAGCUCUAUGUAUAAAUUUAAUUAAUUCUAAAGAAUGUGGCUCAAAUUGUAAAACAUGUGAUCCAACUGUUUCAUUUUGUGCUACUUGCGAAGAUGGUUACUCUCAAUUGAAUAGUAAUGAUUAACUAUGCACAUUAAAAUGUUAAGCAACUCAUAAAACUUGUUAAAAAGUGGGAGGUGUAUAUUCAUUUAGUGAAUGUAAAGACGGUUAUGAAUUAUCGAGUGGACAAUGUGUUGCUUGUCCAACUAAUUGUAAGACGUGUUUUGAAGGAGACUGCUAAGUUUGCACAUGGCCUUAUGAAUUAAAAGAUUCUUAAUGUUUGGGCGAUAAGAUGUGCAUGAAAUACGAUUUUAUUUAUGAUUCGAAUGGAAUAGCAGUUGACACAGAUUGUCAAUAAUGUGAUAUUGGAUUUUUUAAAAAAGGGACUCAUUGUGUCUCUUGUCAGUAAACGCCAGGAACAGAAAAUUGUUUUCUUUGCGAUAAAGAAAAUGAAUGUAAAAGCUGCUUUGCAACACACUAUUUGACUCCAGAUAAAAAAUGUGCUCUUAUUAUUGAAGAAUGCAACCCGAUUUGUCAAUCUUGUUAUGUUACUUAGCCUGAUUAUUGUACAACCUGCUUCACUUCUUAAAAGCGGAGUUCUAGAAUUGUCCCAGGACAAUGUGUGUGUGAUUAAAUGAAAGGAUAUGCAGAGUUAGAUGGUGAAUGUAUCUUAUGCACAACUGGAUAUUGUUUGACAUGUACUUUAAUAUUUGGAGAAUGUACAUCAUGUGAUCCAUUACAAAAUAGAAGUCUAAUUGGUGAUAAAUGUCCAUGCAUGCAAGGAUAUUAUGAUACUGGAUUAGAAGAUAAAAUUUGUUAAAAAUGUUAUUAUUCUUGUUACAACUGCUCAGGACCUUUGGAGAAUAAUUGUACUGAUUGUGGAGAUCCAAACAUUUAUCAUAAAGAACUAGUUGACGGAAAAUGCAUAUGUGCUCCAAGAACAAUAGAUGUCGUUUAAAAUGAUGGUUCAACUUUAUGCAAAGACUGCCAUCCAAGAUGCCAAAAAUGUUAAUUUCCAAAUGAUAAUUCAUCAAAUCAAUAUUGUUCAAUGUGCAUAGUAGUAUAAAACAGAACUGUCUCUAGCGAUUUAAAAUGUGUUUGUAAGAAAGGAUAUGGAGAAGAUGGCAUUGUAGAUAUUUGUUUUAAAUGUCAUUAUACUUGUCAAAGCUGCAACGGACUGUUGGCAACUAAUUGUACAGUAUGUUCGAGUUAAAAACAACGACAUUUGACUGCAGAAAAUAAGUGCUUAUGCAAUCCAGGAUAUUACGACACAGGAAGAAAUGAUACUCUUUGUUAUUUGGCUUGUCAUAACUCUUGUCUAUCGUGCAAUUUAUAUGGAGAAGAUAAGUGCACAGGUUGUCCAUCCUCGAGAUAUCCUGAUAGAAUAGGAUCUACAUUUAAAUGUUUAUGCAACGAUCCACAUUAUUAUAGUGAUGAUGAAUCAUUAGAAUGUCAAGAAUGUCAUUCUUCUUGUAAAACUUGUAAUGGAAUGAGUGAGACUAAUUGUUUAAGCUGUGACUUAACCUAUAGAUAGUUAAUCAUAUCAAAAUGUGUUUGUCCUUAUGGUUAUUAUGAUGUAGGUACAUUAUAAUGUUCAAGUAAUAUUGAUUGUAAUUAUUAAGAAUGUUUUUAUACAUGUAUGACCUGUUAUGGUUCUAACAUUGAUAAUUGUAUAACCUGCUUCAAUGAUAGCAAUAGAAUUGUUAAAGCUAAUAAAUGUGGUUGUUUGGAUGCUUACUUAGAACAAAAUGUUGGAGAUACAAAAUGUUAAAAAUGUUCAUAUCGAUGUGCUUUAUGCAGCGGAUCUGUUGACCAUUGUGACAAAUGUCCAGAUUUUUCAUAUAGAGAUCUUGGAACCGACAAUUCAUGCAAAUGUCCUCCUAAAUCAUACGAUGAACCUGGUAAUCCAAAAUGCAUUUUAUGUCAUUCUACAUGCUUGACAUGUAAUGGUAACAAAUCAAAUUAAUGUACAUCUUGCAAUACCUUAAUUGGAAGAUACCUUACCACAGGAGGAGAAUGCUUGUGUGCUUCAAAAUAUUUCGAUAUCGGUUAGGCUGAAUGCAAAAGUAUAAUUAUAAUAAAGGUUUUAAUAGCGUGUAAUAAAGAUUGUCUUGAAUGUAACAUAUCUGCAGAUAAUUGUACCUCAUGCCCACCAGAAAAAUAUUUAAAUGGAAGUGUUUGUAUCUGCAAAACUAAACUUCAAGGCUUAUCGUUAUCUACUUAUUAACCUUUAAAUAAAUUACAAUGCCUUAAUUGUCAUUAUUCUUGUUUAAAAUGCACAGGAAGUAAUUCUAAUUAAUGCUCGUCCUGUUAGAUAUCAGAAAAACGAAUUUAGUCAGGCUAAUCAUGUAAUUGCAAGGACAAUUACUUUGAUAUAGGGAAACCUUUAUGCUCCUUAUGUAAUUAUAGAUGCUACACUUGUGUUACUUUGGAAACCUAAUGUUUAUCUUGUCCUCCUUAAAGUUUAAGAGUACUUAGUAAUUCUUUAUGUUAAUGUCCAGCAGGCUAUUAUGAUGAUGGGGUGAAUAUUAAUUGUCAGAAAUGUCAUUAUUCAUGUUCGACUUGCAUUUAAUUAUCGACAAAAUGUGUUACUUGCUCAUUUAUAUCAUUAAGAUCAUUCAACAGUAGUCUAGACUCUUGUCCUUGCAAUGAUAAUUUUUAUGAUGCAGAAGUAGAAAUUUGUUAAGCAUGUCAUUAUUCUUGUUUAAUUUGUGAUGGCUAAUUAUCAAGUCAAUGUAAGACAUGCCCUGAUUAAAACAUAUCUUUCAGGGUUUAUAAUAAUAAUAGUGGAAGUUGCUAAUGUAAAAUUGGUUAUUAUGAUGAUGGAUAUUCAGUAACUUGUAAGAAAUGUAAAAUUUAAUGUUUUGCUUGCUAAAAUUAAGAGUAUACUUGUACUUCAUGUCCAUUAACUAGACAUUUAAAUGGAAAUCAAUGUGAUUGUGAUAAAGGUUAUUAUGAUACAGGACAGGAAAAAUGCACAGUGUGUGAUUCAAGUUGUAUAAAUUGUAUCCAUAAUUCAAUAACUUGUACUGAAUGUGAUUCAACAUAAUCGAAAAUUUUAGAUAGUCAAACCCAUAAAUGUGUAUGUGAAACUGGUUCAACUGAAAUAAAUGGAAUUUGCUAAAAGUGCGAUAUUACUUGUAAAACCUGUGUAAGUUCACCUACAUUUUGCACAUCAUGUGGAUUAUUGAGAGCAUUAAAAAAUAAUAAAUGUUAAUGCAUAGAUGGCACAUAUGAAACUGGGACCAAUAAGUAAUGUUUGCUUUGUAAUCAAACAUGCUUGACAUGUAUCACUUAAGAUAACUAUUGUCUCUCUUGCUCAGCAGAUAAUUUUAGAAUCAUUAAAACUGGAAAUAUAUGUGUUUGCAAGGAUGGCUAUUUUGAAGAUCCUUUAUAGUAGUGUGUAAAAUGUGAUUUAUCUUGUCUUACUUGUCAAGGGAAUUCUUAAUUUUGCUUGACAUGCGAUUCUAUGCUUAAUUUAUAGAUUACUAAUUAGAAUAAAUGCAUAUGUAUGCCUAGUUAUUAUUUUAAUACUUUGACAUUGAAAUGCGAAGCUUGCAACAAAACAUGUAAAGAAUGUUUAAGUGCAACUUAAUGCUUAGAAUGUGAACCUAUAACUAGAUAUUAUGAUACAGAUACAUUGAAAUGUCCUUGUAAAGAUGGAUUCUACGAAGCCAAUUAGAAAAUGUGUUAAUAAUGUGAUUUCUCUUGUAAAACAUGUGCAAAUUAAUCAACCAAAUGUUUAACAUGUCAAUCUAUAUAUUUUAGAAAUCUGAAAAAUAUCGAUUAAUGUCUAUGUCAAGAUGGUUACUUUGAUGUUGGAAUUGAAAUGUGUCAGAAAUGCAACAGCUUAUGCAAAACCUGUUAAUCAAAUUCAACAAAAUGUUUAUCGUGUUUUGAAUCUGAAUAACUUAGAAUAUUAACUACCAAUUAAUGCAUAUGUAAGCCCGGGUAUUUUGAUAAUGGAUAACUCAUUUGUGAAAAAUGCUCGAAUACUUGCUUAACAUGUUAAGGGAAGAAUAAUUACUGCACAAGUUGCGAUGUCAAUUAGAAUAGGAUUGAUUAAUCUGUAAUUCACAAGUGUCCUUGUUUAUCCAAUUUCUUUUAAGAUUAAAACGAAACAUGUCAAAAAUGUCAUAUUAAAUGUUCUGGAUGUACUUUAAAAAUGGAUAAAUGCAUAAGUUGCAAACCAUCAAAUACAUCCAAUCGAUUGUCAAUAUCAUAAAAUUGUGAUUGUAAAGAUGGGUAUUAUGAUGAUGGAGUCUAACUCUAAUGUUAAAAAUGCUAUUACUAAUGUAAGACUUGCUAAUAAAAACCGUCAAAUUGUUUACUAUGUUUGACUAAUUUGAGAGAAAAUCCUCCUCUUUGUAAUUGCAAAGCUGGGUAUUUUGAAAAUGAAUAAUUCACUUGUGAACCAUGUGACAAUAAAUGUAAUACUUGUGAAAUUAAAUCAUCAAAUUGUACAAGUUGUAAAGGAAGCAGAUUUAACAAGGCAUGUGAUUGUUAAGAUGGGUAUUUUGAGGCUGGGUAGCCUAAUUGUCUUUAAUGUGAUUUUAAGUGUCUCACAUGUUAAGGCAGCCAAUCCCAUUGUUUGACAUGUAGAGGAGAUCGUAUUAAUUAUCCAGAGUGUAACUGUAAAGAGGGACUUUAUGAUGAUAAUCAUAGUACCAAGUGUAAAGAGUGUGACUUAAAUUGCAAAACUUGUGAUUAAGUAGGAUGUUUAGGAUGCAAUGGAAAUAGAAUAUUAUCAGAAGACAAGACUUGCAAUUGCCCUUUGAACUCAAUUAGUCAUGAAGGUACUCCAUGGUGCUCAAGUUGCGAGGUUGCUGUUUUAGAUAUUAGACUUUCUGAUGAUUUGCUAUCAAUCAAAGUCUUAUUUGAUUUCCCUUUAAAUUUAAAUUAUUUUUAGUCUUAAUUUAAAGAUAAUAUUUGCUUUAAAUUUUUGGCUGCUGAAACAAUUAAGUAAUUAGGAAAUAACCCUCAAUGUGUAAUAGAUGAAAAAAAUAAUAAAUAAUUAAUACUGAAAUUAGGUGAUAAUGCAGCCAUACUUCCAGAAAAUUUUAUUCUAUUUAAGAAUAAUUCAUUCAGCCAUAAAAAUUGCCAAAAAAAAUUAAAUACAUUUAUUUUUAAUCACGUCAAAUAUCCUAUCAAUCUAUUAUAACCUGAAAUUCAAUAUGAUCUACCUUAAUAUUUACUUAAUCCAUGCGAUGAUAAUACUAUUUUGAUUAAGUCGAAAAGUUAGGAUGGCUUUCGAGCUUUUAACAGCAUAACAUGGACUUAUUUAUUAGAAGGGCAAAAUGGAAAUGGCAAUCUGAAAGAAUUUGUCUUAUAUCAAACUACUUUUCAACAACUAGACCUAAUGAUUCCAAUAUAAACUCUACCGAAACUUUCGAAAAUAACAUUUUUUCUUGAAUUUUAGAAUUUUAUUGGUCAGAAGGGAAAGUAUCAAUUUUAAGUUCAAACUCAUAAUGGAAAUUAUCCAACAGUGCUUUGGUUGGGACAGAAAAAAUAUUUUACUUUUGAAACAAUAAAUUUGCAAUUUAGUAUCUAGAAAAAGAAUUGUUCUAGCUAAACUGAUUUAUAAAAUGAUAGUUCUGUAGAUAACUCCAAAUACUCUGUUUCAAUAGUAGAAAUAUUAAGAAAUGAUUCUAUGUCUAGGUCAUCAAAUGUCAAUUUUUCUUAAAUAAUUAAUGAAAAUUAUUAUCAUGUGACAAUAGAAAAGUACAAAUUAACUCCUUUAACUGCUUAUACAUUUUAAAUGCAAACAAAUGAAUCUAAAACUAAUUUUUCGAAUUCUCAAAAUAUUAUAAUAGAAAUACUUUAAGGAGGGCUUUUGUGUUAGUUUAAUGGAACCAAAGAUAUUCAAAAUUAUAGGAAAGACUUAAAAGUAAAUAUCUAAUGCAUAGAUCUCGAUUAUUAGUAUGAUUGGAAUGAAGACCCAGAUAUUGCAAUCGAAGUUAGCUGCACAGAUUUAACACAAGGCACUGUUUGCAUGGAUAUAAAUAAAAAAGUAGUCAAAAUUAACAAAACAGAUUCAACUCAAUACAUAAAGAAAAUGAAUGUAUUACCAUUUACUAUCUGGGUUUGGACAGUUAUAGCAUCAAAAUCAGAUAGAACAUAUAAAUUCUCUUAAAAUAUCGUUUUCUUAGAAGAUGAUUUUUCAAUCCUUGAUGUUGAUUACAGUAAGGGUUACAUAAUGAGGCCAAUAAAUAAUUAUGAGACAUUGCAGUUUUAGUUUAAUAUCCCUUUCGAGGAUAGAUAUUAAUUGUUGUAAUAUUAGGUUGCUAUCAUUUAUGAUUAUGAAUUAGUAAAGAUACUAGAACCUCUGUAUUUUCAAUAUAAAUUAAGAUUGUAUGAUCAGUAUCAAGAAUUUAACAAAGGAAACUAAUUUUAUUUAAAGUUUUUUGCUCAAUUCACAAACAAUAUAAUUCCUAGUUAAUAAUAAAUAAAAAUGACAUUGAAUCAACCGCCUAUUUGUAUCAUUUAUUUAAAAUCCUAAAGAGUCUAAGCUCUGUAAUCAUAAAAAAUUGUGGCUAAUUGUUAAUUUUCUGAGGAUUACCCAUUUACAUACUAAUUGAGAUAUUUUUUGAAUGAAUAGGACUAUUAGGAGUUUUAAAACAAAUUAUCGGACUAUUCUUUGAUUCUUAAUGGUUUCUAAAGAUUUAAUUAUUUUGAAGCCUUGUUACCUUAUAGUAAAGGAGUUGCUCUGGUUUAAAUAAUGGAUUCAAGAGGAUCAAUUACAAAUAUUGAAGAACAUUUGGAUGUAUAAAAGAUUGAACUUAAUUGUACUGAAUUUUUGUAGAGCAAUUUCACUUAUAAAAAAUAAGUAAUCAUGUUAUUAGAAGUGAUAAUGAAUCAUUAUGAUAAAGAAGGUUGCGUUUAAUUUUAAGAAUAAUUAGUCAAUAGUAUUAAGGGCAAAAUAGAUUCAGAUGAUUUAUUUGAAUAAUUAUUGGCCCUUUAGACAAUCAAAUUAUACAAAAGAUUUAAAGUAAAUUUGAGUAAUUCGAAUUUAUCAGCAAGAGUAUUAGCUGAAAUUAAUUAAGAGAGUUGUUACGAUAAUAUGAGUUAAUUAUUCUUAAUUAACAAUAAUAAAACUCAAAAGUAUUCCUCUACAGAUAUAUUCAAUUUUGUGCUAGAAUUUUAAUAAUUAAAAAACUCUGCAUCAAAAAUUCUAUCGAAAGGAACAAACUUAGAUGAUGAGAUCAAAUAGAAUGAUAUAUUUUUGAAUGAACAACUAUUUCAAUCAAAACAAUAGAUUUCAAAUUCAUUAGUAGCUAUUAUUCUAUUUGUUGAUGAUUUAUUUUUGAAAAUUUCUUAAACAGCAUUUAGUUAAAAGGAAGACAAAGAAUAAAUUUUUUAGUUAUCAAAAGAUUUAAUUGCACUUAUUGAAGAAAUGUUGGAGUUUACAAAUACUUAAGUUCCAGUCAAUGGCCAAGAUUUCGUUUUAAAUGGAUAGAUUUUGAAGUAUCAAUCAGCAAAGGUCACAAAAGAUGUUUUUAAUCAAUAAGAAGGUUUAGAUAAAGAUAUCAUGGAUGGUCUCAUUGUCUAUGUUCAAAAAGAAUAAAUGGAUAUUUAUUUUAAUUACUUAAAUGUCUCUGAAAAACAUGUAUAAGAUAUAAAAACAGUUCUGAAUAAGUCUUCAUCUGAAAUAGAUUAGAGUUUUUACACAAUCACAAAAUUACGAAAUUACCUUUACAAAAAUUAAUAUAGAGAUUACGAAAAAUUAAAAAUAAAUUAUCUCAUAGAUGUUGCUUAAUACUCUUAUUGUGUGGACGUCUUGCUUCCUGCUUAUAAUUUUCAAUGUUUUUAGUAUGACAGCAGCGAAACAUUAUAAUAAUGUUAGCUAUAAACAACCGAAAUUAAUAAUAAAACUGUUCAGGUAUCUUGCUAAUGUUCUUAGCUCGGAAUUAUUUUUAUGACUAAAUACAAAAAUUCAUCCUCAGAUGAAUUAGAAAUAGUAUAAAUAUUGAACAGUAUUUAAGCAGAUGAUACUAAUUGUAAUAUAAAUAAUUAGCCAUUCCUGUUGUUUCAUGGUAUUUAUAUCGUUUUUACUCUCUUCAUAUAUUAUGAAUUGUAAAAAUUUGAGAUCCCUCAGAAUAAAGAUGCUUAAAACAUUUUUACUGAAAGAUCUCCUAAAGCCUCUGAUGAAUAAAAAUAAAAAUAUGAUCAACUUAAGUGUUCUCCUGGAAACUUAGAAAUCUUUAAAUUUUCUUUUAAAGUAAUAUUUUAUAAAUUAUGA